CUAUCACUAAUCAGUAUUUACCUAACAUGAAAUGUCCAGCUAUCUGAUAACCUCAAAAGAUUUUUUUUAAACAAUAAAAAGGAAAAGCCUAUGAUUUGUGUGCAAGGAAGCAACGAUGAAUUCACAAUAAACCAAAUUAUAUGGAACAACUUUAUUAACGAUUUAAAAAUAUUGGUUUGAACAUGAAAAUUAACUAAAGUCUUGUAUUGAAUAUUUACAAACAAUGGCUGGUUCAGUGAUUUUAGCAGGACUUGGAAUGGCUGCAGUAGGUUUUGCUGGGCGAUAUCUACUUAAGCAAAUGCCAAAUGCUUCAAUGAAAUUUGCUGAAGCUGUAAAGAAUCUACCUAAAUUUGAUGCUGAAAGCUUAGCAAAUUCGAAAUACUACAAAGGAGGUUUUGAUCCCAAGAUGACAAAAAGAGAAGCUGCACUUAUCUUAGGUGUUAGUCCAACAGCAAGCAAAUCUAAGAUACGAGAAGCUCAUAGACGUAUCAUGUUACUAAAUCACCCAGAUAAAGGAGGGUCACCAUUAAUAGCGGCUAAAAUAAAUGAAGCUAAAGACCUCUUAGAAAGUGGAAAAUCAUGAGUCCCAUGUGUAAUGUUUCAAUGUAUAAUAGUAGUUUAAAUUAUAUCUGUUUGUUUUAAUAAAAGAUUAAUUAAUUAA